AUGGGAGUUGGCCCCGUCACCGAGGACGACUUCUUCACGUGGUCCUGCCUCAUCUCGGGUCCCGAGGACACGCCGUUCGAGGGCGGCGUCUUCCAGGCAGAGCUCAAGUUCCCGCGCGACUACCCUCUCAGCCCGCCCAAGAUGAAAUUCGACCCGCCCCUGUUCCACCCCAACAUCUACGCCAACGGCGAGGUGUGCAUUUCGAUCCUGCACGCGCCCGGCGACGACCCCAACUCGUACGAGAGCGCGAGCGAGCGGUGGAGCCCGGUCCAGAGCGUCGAGAAGAUUCUCCUCUCGGUCAUCAGCAUGCUCGCCGAGCCCAACCUCGAGUCGGGCGCUAACAUCGACGCCUGUAAAAUGUACCGCGACCACCGCGAGGAGUACGACGAGUCGAUCCGCGCCCACGUCCGCCAGCAGCUCGACCUGUGAGCGCCCGCGCUCUGUUCGACAGCGUUCCCCGAGACGACGGCGACGGGCCGAGCGCUUCGAGGCGGCGCAGAAGGAGCUGUAUCAGAUGCUGUACCGGGUUAUGCAACGCGGGCUUGUGUGACAUUC